AUGAGCUCCCAGUGUGAUGCAAAAUGGGCAAAUGUGACCGAUAGGGACAUAAGCCUGGAAGCGACCACCUGGACAAAGCCAUCAGCUCAGAAGGCUGCUUAUGCUCUUCUAAACUUUUUUUUGCCUUCCCUUCCCUUAACGGAUAAAUUCACACCUGCAGUGUUCCUUCUCACCGGGAUACCUGGCCAGGGAAACGUCCAUCUCUGGCUCUCUGUCCCCUUCUGCUUCGUGUAUGUUAUUUCGAUAGUAGGAAAUUCAGUCAUUCUAUUCAUUGUAAAAACAGAUCCAACCCUCCAUGAGCCCAUGUACAUUUUCCUUUCCAUGCUGGCCAUCACAGACCUUGGAUUAUUGAUAGCCACCAUACCGACGAUACUGGGCCUAUUCUUGUUUAAUUCUCGGGAGAUCAGCCUCAAUGCUUGUUUUGCCCAGCUGUUCUUCGUCCACUCUCUGCAAUUAAUUGAAUCCUCUGUGCUCUUGUUGAUGGCAUUUGACCGCUUCAUUGCGAUCUGUAACCCGCUGAGAUAUGCUUCCAUCUUAACUCCAUCGAGAGUAGCCAAGAUGGGACUGGUGUUUGUGCUAAGAUCGGUGGCCGUAAUAUUUCCACUCCCCUUUCUCCUGAAACGGUUCCGAUUCUUUCGAGCCAAUGUCCUCUCCCAUUCCUACUGCCUGCACCAGGACGUCAUGAAGCUUGUUUGUUCGGACAUCACAGUGAACAACAUCUAUGGCUUGUUUAUUACAGUUGUAACGGUGGGGUUGGACACACUGCUGAUCAUCCUCUCUUAUGUGAUGAUCCUCAAAACAGUGCUGAGCAUCGCAUCCCCCGCGAAGUGUCUUAGGGCCUUGAACACCUGUGUCUCCCACCUCUGCGCUGUCCUGCUCUUCUACGUGCCAGAGUUCAGCCUGACUUUGACACACAGAUUCGGGAAAGGCUCCUCUCCCUGGCUUCAAAUUCUCCUGAGCUACAUCUACUUGCUGGGCCCACCCCUGAUUAAUCCAGUUGUGUACAGCAUGAAAAGCGAACACCUUCGUGCGAGGAUAAUCAGGGUGUCUAUCAAGUGA